AUGUUAUCUUACAAUCAAGCCAUUGAAAUUAUCCCUAACCGACUCUACUGAAUAAGUAACAAAUCUCCACCCCGUAACAAAGCGAAUUCCUCAUAUUUCUGUAUAGAUAAUGUAAAAGAUAUAUAGGAGCUUACCUAUGAGCCUUUUAAUCAAGAUUUCGGACCAAUUAACCUAGGAAUGACAUAUAGGUUUUGCGUCGAACUAGACAAGCUUAUAAAAAACCCUUCAUUAUCUCAGCAUCAGAUUUUUCAUUAUACUGCUUUGGAUCCCGUAAAGAGGACAAAUGCAGCUUAUUUAAUGUGUGCGUAUCAAGUUUUGUUUCUUAAUAAAACAAGUGAAGCAGCAUGAAUGCCAUUUUCUGUGCUGCCGAGGUUUCUUGACUAUAGAGAUGCAGGGUUUGGGAUGUGUACUUAUAAAUGUACAAUAUUGCAUUGCAUUCAAGGGCUGGAAAGAGCUUUAAAGCUUAAUUGAUUUAACCCGAAAACGUUUAUCCCUAUUUUUAUUGAUAUUUUUAUAACAAAUUUGCAUAUUUAUAUAUAAUUUUUUUUAUAAAGUGAAUUAAAUAUGUCAUAAUUUUGAAGAGUACGAGAAUUUACAAAGGAUAGAAAACGGAGAUAUGAACUGAAUUAUCCCAGAAAAAAUGCUGGCUUUUAGCUCGCCAAGCCCAAAUAAUGUUGAUGGGGAUGGGUAUAAAUGUUUUACACCUGAGGAUUAUUGUCCUGUUUUUAAAAAAUUAGGAAUAUCUACUGUCGUAAGGCUAAAUAAAAGGACUUAUGAAGCAAACCGAUUUAAGGCUGAAGGAAUAAACCACUAUGAGCUGUAUUUUCUUGAUGGCAGCUGCCCGUCUGAAGAAAUCGUAAAAAAAUUCAUAAAAAUCGCUGAAACUGAGCCAGGUGGAAUUGCAGUCCACUGUAAAGCUGGACUAGGAAGAACUGGGACUCUUAUAGCUUGUUAUGCUAUGAAGCAUUAUGAAAUUUCAGCUGCAGCUUUUAUUGGAUGAAUCAGGGUUUGCCGCCCUGGAAGUGUUCUCGGUCCCCAGCAGCAAUUUUUAAUUGAUAUGGAAUUAAUUUGCAAAAGUUGGCGAAAUAUCAUAUUAAAAUGGUGUAGUGACUAACUCUCCUAUAGCUGACAUCCCAUAGAGAUCUUGAAUAAGUGAGGAUGUGCAUACGGCCAGGCUUUACCUGGUUUAGUAAGAUGCAAUGUCGGAUUUAGUUGUCCACAUGUUCAGUCAAAAUUAGGGUUUUUGCCUCAUGGGAAAUGGAACUGAGAGUUGGAAAGGGGACAUCCCGUGAAGCCAAUGGCUGUUUUUCCUCGCCAAUCGGGACAGUUUUCCAGUAUGAACUAGGAGCUACACCAUUUCCAGUUUGGCAGUCGGCUAAAAUUCAACCAUUGAAAUUUUCAUAGGUGAGCAAUCUCUGUUUAAGCGCGUCUCCGGCUAUUUAGCAACAAGUGCAGUCCUUUGUCUGGCAGGAACAGCAUUCGAGAUGUUAUGUAAUGUGAACUGGAGAACAAACGGAGAAGUGUAAAGGGAGGAGGCAGUCUUUUCAAGAAUAACCUUGAACUUUUCUAUAAGUAGCAUGAUAAUGAUAAUAGCAAAAUAGUGCGAUUUUUUCUGCAGACUUUGAUAAUCAGACAGUUUCCUGAAAAAUUUGCUGUUUGAAUCUCUUGCUCAAUUCUUUUAUAAGUUGUCUUUGACAUUUUGCGAUUUAGAACGUGCAGGAAUAAUUAUAUGUAGCCGGCGAAACAGUGAAAGUAAUCAAAAUUUAUUAAAAAAAUUAAAAGACGAGUUUUUAGAAAAAACAGAAUUAUUACAUUAAAACGGCAUAGAGUCAACCACCCUCUCUUAACACCUAUAGAUGGAGAAACCCAGGAGACCUUAUGAGAGGGAAGAUGGCGUUCGGUGAUGUGCAUCUAGCCAGGCUUUAAUUGAUUUGUAGCGCAAUAUUGGACCAGACCGACCGCAGCACAUUCCAGAUCAAGGUUUUCCCUCUAGGUAAGAUGGAUGCUUGGUGUUGGAAAGGGAAAGCUUUACAAGUCCUUUUGACCAAAUCUGGCAAUUCCUAGCGCAAUACGGGAGUUACACCCAGGGUGCAAGCUUCAUUUUGGUCAACACCUCGGUCUGAGAAUUCGAUUUUAGAGUUUUCUGGAAGGGCAACCCAAGUCAGGCAUACGACAUUACAGCCUAUCCCGCUGCACUCCAGCUAAUGUGCGAGCCCAUUUCUGGGGUGCAGGUUCAAUGAUAGUGGAUUUUGAUAGUGUGCUUCUCACCGAAGUAUUUUUGGUCGAAAAAUUGGUUGAAACUUCUUGAUAAUGAGACAUUUGACAAAAAACCCGUCAAAUUUUGAGCAAAUGUCACACUAUUUAAAAAUUUUCGACCAAUGUAUUUCGAUGAAAUGUACACUGUCAAAAAUCCACUGUCAUUUGGCAUGGAGCCCAUUUCUGGAGGAGCAUAGCGGAUAGGCAGAUAGCUGGCACGUGAAGCAAGGCGGAGAUAAAUAUCUUUUGAAGUAUCACAGGUAGCUUCUCCAUAAACUUACUCCCCCCCCCCCUCCGUGAGCGAACAAAAAAAUUUUGUUCGCUCACGGAGGGGGGUUAAUUUUUUUUUUUAAAAAAAAUUUAUAUAUAAAUUUUAUAAAAAAUAUUUUUUUUCGAAAUUUAAAAAAAUCCUAAUUUGCAAAAAUUGGGAAGCAAAUAUUAAUUUAAUUUGCAAAAUUUAUGUUUUAAAACGCAAUUUGUUUAAAAUUAAACAGAAUUAGCUCUAGAUUUCAUUAUAAUAAUUAUCACUUAUAUAUCAAAAUUUUUUUCCAUUAAAAUUUUUUCUAUUAAAAAAAUUUUUGUUCACUCAUGGAGGGUGGGUUUUUUGGUCAAAAAAUGGCGAUUUUUCUAAUGGUUUUGUUCGCUCACGGAGGGGGGGGGGGGGGGAGUUAAGAAAAAAAACAGAAUUAACACCAGAAGAAUCCUUUAUAGCAAAAUUUGGAGAUUUUGGGCAAGCUAAAAGGCUUGUUAGUGCUAAAAAAACUAAUCAAUCAAUAACUCCUGAAAGGAGAAGAAGCUUAGAUAGGGUAACCUUUAUGCAGGCUUAUACACCUUCAACGAGAUCAGCAUCUGUUACCUACGAUUCAGGCAAAACUAAAUCUUAUAGGAACAAUGCAAUACAGAACAUUUUUAUGUCCAGACCUCAGAACUAUAGGCUGCCUUCUCAUACCCCGAUUACUAGAGGAAAAGCACCGAUUUAG